CAGACUACAAAGCAACGACGGAGCCUCAUACCGCCCCCGCCAGUGCUGGAGUGUGUAAUGUGGGGAUCAUGAGAAGUUUAUAUUGUUCCCCGGAGUCCAGAGCGCGGCCCCGCUCUGAAGUGAGAUCAUGAUGCGUGAGAAAUGCGUGUCACGCAUCAUGAGCUAACGGCGUGCUCGUCUCGUUGAAAGUUGCCUAAUCGGUGAUGUCGUCCUCUAUCUCAGCCUGGAUCUGGAGUGAGAGAUUCUGGUUUCCCGAAAAUGUUUCAUGGGCGGACCUUGAGCAUCCACCUCCCGGCGUGGAGUAUCCCCGAGUGGGACAAAUGCUGUGCGCGCUGCCCCUGGCCGCAGGAGUGUUUCUACUGAGGAGGCUUUUCGAAAGGCUCGUGGCCAAGCCUUGUGCCCACAUACUUCAGAUUCAGGCAGGAGCGCCGCAACGGGCUCAGCCCAAUGCUGUGCUGGAGCAGCUGUAUCGGUCCAAAGCGUGUCCAGACACGCGGCAGCUGGAAGGACUCUCCAAACAGCUGGACUGGGACGUGCGGAAAAUACAGAGAUGGUUUCUAGUCCGGCGGAACCAAGACAGGCCCAGUACGCAGACCAAGUUCUGCGAGAGCAUGUGGCGUUUCACAUUUUACCUGGGGAUUUUCAUCUACGCCAUUCGCUAUUUGUGGGUGGCGCCCUGGACGUGGGACACGCGGCAGUGCUGGUACAACUAUCCUUUCCAGCCUUUAAGUCCUGGACAGUACAAGCACUAUGUGGCUGAGCUGGCCUUCUACUGGUCGCUGAUGUUUUCCCAGUUCACAGACAUCAGGCGUAAGGACUUCACCAUCAUGCUGGUCCACCACCUGGCCGCCAUCGUCCUCAUCACGUUCUCCUAUGCCAACAACAUGCUACGAGCCGGGACCAUGGUCAUGUGUUUGCAUGACGCGUCAGACAUCUUCCUGGAGGCGGCCAAGCUGGCCAACUAUGCCAAGUACCAGCGGCUGUGUGAUGGCCUGUUUGUGGUGUUUAGCAUAAGCUUCUUCCUCACUCGACUUGUCAUCUUUCCCUUCUGGAUUGUGUCAAGUGUCCUGUUUGAGAGCUGGGAGAUCAUCGGCCCAUAUCGGGCCUGGUGGCUGUUGAAUGGUUUGCUGCUGGUCCUGCAGACCCUUCACAUCAUCUGGUUCUAUCUCAUCACCCGCAUCGCAGUUAAGGCGAUAUUCAAGGGGAAGGUAUCGAAGGACGACCGCAGCGACAUUGAAAGCAGCUCAGAUGAGGAAAGCGAAAAGCCAGAAGCUUCAGAAGCUUUUUGACGGAGCGCGUCAGUCAGACAAGAGAAGCCCGUGACCACUAGAGGCCAAGAUGGGAGAUUCACAUGUGGAGCUUUAAUUGACCAGGUGUGAGAGCCACCCUGACCUCUGACCUCCUGACGAGACCAACCUUUAGCUGAUGAGACGACGCGGAACAGACGCGGGGUGUGUCUGCUUUUUGUUUACAGUAGUAGGUGUGUGGUAGUUUGUACGCAUUUAUCAGUGAAUUGGAUGAAAUCAAGUCACUUUAUCUGCCUGUAUUGGGUUUGAAGGACAAAUAUUUCUAAGAAGAGGUUUCAUACAUUAAACUAAAACCUUAUUUAAGAAAA